AUGGACAUGGAAAAAGACGGGACACAACACACGAAAAAGACACAAUCUGUUCAGGAGACUGAGACGCAGAAAUCCGAGACACUGUCUACAUCAACACCUGACCCAGAAACCAUGGAGAUAAGUGUAGCUGAAGUGGAAGCGACAUCCAUGAAGACACACACAGGGGAGGGACAGAGGCAGACACAAGCCAGUGAAUCACAAGCGACGAGCGAAGGACGAAUAACAACAGUGAACGAAACACAAACAACAAAAGCGACCGAGGGACAAACAACCACAACAGCCAAUACACGUGCAAUCCCCCAAUCAGCACGUUACAGACGUUUAGUCACAUCCUCGUCCACAGCACUGGCCCAUGCAGUCAAGUCGCUCACUUACAAACGAGUGGCGGCGUGUUAUCCAAGCAUUGCAAAGACUCCUGCUGGUCAGGAGGCACUCAGAGAAGCCCUUAAGCAGAUCUGCAAGGCGUGGACGGACUCAGUACAAACGGAAUUCGACGCGAUCUUCGAUGAACGACAUCUCCCGGAGAAACUGGCCCAGUUGGAUCAAUUGGUCAAAGACGCCAGACUCAGAAUGAAUUCAAACACAGAUCUGCCUAUCCAUGUCGAUAGACUGACGCCAGAUCAAAUCAUCAAGAGCCAUCUACGGGAAACUAAACUCGCACGAAUCAAAAAGCUCAAACAGCUGGCACAGACAGUCAAGAAGGAGAAUGAUGAAUACCGACAAAAGAUCAAGGAAAACAACGACCAAGUCCAUACAUCGCUCGACAAGUUGCACAAGGUGACAUCGGAUAUUUCAAAGGCCACAGCUGCUACUCAGGAGAUGCCUGAGCGGGCAGAACUGUACGAAAGUUGGAAGGCAUUAUAG